AUGUACAAGGGACAAACCUUCAUCCCUCCCCUCCCUGAUCUCUCCAACCCUCCCACCCUCUAUUCAUCCUUCCUUUAUAACCCCACAGCCAUCACUUCAUCCACACUUAUCUUGACUGUGGUUGCCUCCUUUAAGUUUUCUUCCCUUUUUUUGAAUUACGGUAUACCCCAACAUCCAACAUAUUUUCAUACUAAUAAAUCCAUCCUUUGUUUGCAUCUCACUUUUAUAUUUUUCUGUCCUCUAUUUUUUACCGCAUUAUGUUAUACCUCUCUCUGUAGCUCUCUGGCAUGUUUGCCGCGCUCUCGUCCUGUAUCUGGUGCAGGACUAUGUGGCCUUCUGAGGGAGUUGUUGCCAGGCCAGGUUGGGGUGUGCCGGGCACGGGGAGAGGUCAUGGAGUCUGUGCGAAAGGCUGCCGAGAUGGUCAUAGAGGAGUGCCAGCAUCAGUUCCGAAACAGGCGGUGGAACUGUUCCACCACCCCCCGUGGAAUCAAUGUGUUUGGACAAGUCUUGAACCAAGGUUACAACAUGAACCUGCAUCACAAAUAUCACCUGCUAGGUUUAUGUCUCUCCUCAGGUACCCGUGAGGCGGCCUUUGUCCACUCUCUUUCUUCAGCAGCGGUUGCUAUGGCAGUGACUCAGGGCUGCAGCCGGGGAGAGCUGGAGAGAUGCGGCUGUGACCGAAAGGUCAGGGGGGUCAGCCCAGAAGGUUUCCAGUGGUCAGGCUGCUCUGAUAAUCUGUCCUAUGGCAUUGCAUUCUCUCAGACCUUUGUGGAUGAGCCUGAGAGAGCUAAAGGCAUGUCGUCAGGGCGACCACUAUUGAACAUUCACAAUAAUGAAGCAGGACGAAAGGCGAUCCUCCAUAACAUGCAGGUGGAGUGUAAGUGUCAUGGCGUUUCCGGGUCCUGUGAGCUCAGAACCUGCUGGAAGGUCAUGCCCCCUUUCUGCCGGGUUGGUUCUGUGCUGAAAGAGCGUUUUGAUGGGGCCACAGAGGUACGGCUGACACGAGUGGGCUCUCGCACAGCUCUGCUUCCACGGGACCCCCUAGUGAAGCCACCAGCCACACGGGAUCUGGUCUACCUGGCUCCUUCACCAGAUUUCUGCCAUAUAGACCCAGACAAUGGCAUCCCUGGCACUGCAGGACGACGCUGUAAUGGAACCUCAAGGUUGGCACCAGAUGGUUGUGAACUGUUAUGUUGUGGCCCAGGGUUUCGUGCGAGCCGGGCAGAGGUGGUACAGCGCUGCUCCUGUAAGUUCUCCUGGUGCUGCUCAGUUCGCUGCCAGCAGUGUAAGAACACAGUGCUCAUACACACCUGCCGAGAAUGAGACACAUACCUGGAAAAACGCACAUCAUCCCAAAUCAGAACCAGAUCCACCUCUCCUAGACCAACAGUGCGAUAUCACACACCUACAUCUCAUGCCAGCCUGCACUAAUAUACACUAACUUGCCUCUUGACAAUUCCAGUUACUUGUAAAACAGACUCCCAAUUAUCAAUGAAAUCAAGGAUUUGGCUAGUAAUGGUGAUUAAGCUUGAUUGAGCAGAUAUCAUUUUCAAUAUUCUCCAUGUGAACUUAUGGGUGUGAACAACAGCAGAACCACCCUAUAGAAUGUUUAUGGAAUAGCUUACCCAAAAAUGAAAAUUCUCAAACGCAUUUGGCUUUCCUCCUUCUGUGGAACACAAAAGUAGGUUAGAAUGAUAAUCUCAGUCACCUUUAACUUUCAUUGUAUGGAAAAAAGAUGCAAUGAGAGUGAAUGGUGACUGAGGUAAACAUUCUGCCUACAUUUCCUUUUGUGUUUCACACAAGUGCGAGUUCUGAAUAACAUUGAAACAAGAGUCAGUAACUGAGGACAGAAUUCUCCUUUUUAUUAUAUGACCUUGCACUAGAACUUGACAAGCCAACUCUACAGUACAAAAAUGGCAAUUAAAUAAUCUUAUAGUUAAUUCAGACAUAUUUAAUAAUCAUUUUUAUUUUAUUCUUUUCAGACUUUUAUUCAGUUGAAUUAAAUGUUGGCUAUAUGUGUUCAACAGUUGGUAAGCUUUGAGAUGGAAAUAAGAUGUGUGGGAUGGUAAAAUAUUAUCGUUAUGUUUCACUGUAUAAAUGGGAUUUUUUUAGUACAUCAGAUCAAUUGGAACACAGCACUAUAACAUUUCCUUAUAUGAUCAAUUACACAUAAAAAUACAAACCAUUAACUUACUCAGACAACGCUCUUAAAGCUGAGAUUAACCCCAGAAUAUCAGCAGAAGAAUAACGUUAGUAUUGUCAACAAGGCCUUCAGAAGAUAGUGUUAUACCUUAAUAAAAGGUUCCUCUUUUCCCAUUUAUUGUAUUUAUAUAUAUAUAUAUAUAUAUAUAUAUUAUUAGUUUUGCUGAUUGUGUUUAUUUAUUUGAGUCUGUUACGCCUGUUUGGCGUUAUGGAAAAUUCAACCAACAUACUCAACCCACUUCAUUUACCAGCUGUUUGUUUUGGCUUUUCCUAUUAUUCCUUAUUCCCAUAGUGGCUCUUCUCAUUUUCUAUAGUCUUUACUGUCUUGUAAAAUAAAGUGUUUUUCAUCUCAAAUGUUGCAAUUGAUUGAAACAUUUUUUAGUGUCUUCUGUUCUGUUUGCCAGCUGGUACACACCACAUAACCAGGUAUACAAAUGCAAUUAAUACGCAGGAAACAAACACCAUGUGUGUGUCAGUCGCACCACUUUUAUUACAAAUAUAGUGAGAUUCCAAACACCGCAGAACUUGACUAAGAAAAGGCCACAAAGCUGACCAACAUCAUCAUCGGUAAUCCUCCUUUGUACUCGCACGACUGCUAAGAUUGGUUAUUCAAAAUAUUACAUUUAAAAGUGUUAUUUUAUUAAAAAACAAAAAUCACAAUCAAAUGGUAUUUUAGCAAAAAAAAAAAAGUCAUUAAAAAAAAAAACUCAAGUUUCAAAAUGUGUCACCACUAAAUUCUUUAACCCCAAAGAAAAACAGUAAUACAUUUAAUACAUCAUACAAAAAGGAGAACAACAUAAUAUAAAUUCAGUUUUCUAAAUGGCCAGCAGAAGGCACUGCAUGGCUCAAGAGUAAAUGCACUUAAGAGAGAUUCUAGGAGCAUGAACCACAGAAGAGGAGAACAGUUUGGCUCAUACUGAAAGAAACAAACGGUGUUAAAUGAAGCUUCCAUUGACUCCCACAUAAGGUCCCAAACUCUCUUACAAAUCAAACAGGUCACUCAGGAGUGGAUGUGGCCACAGAGAGUCUGGUUUCUGCGGACAUAACACUCUAAUCCACUGAAGGUUCCGACAUCGUUUAAAACUGUUUGUAAACAAUUGUUAAUAUAUAUAUA